AUGUCCAGUGAUGCGAACAGUUUGAACGAUAUAUAUCAAGGGUUCAUUAACAGCAGCGCAAAUCCAGAAUACUCUUCCGAACAUGUCGAUGUUCCGAACGAAGGAGUAUACAUGGUGUGCGGUGUCCUCAUCGCCAUGGUGCUCGUCGCUGUGAUAAUAGUAAUCCUAGCAGUUACUAUAAGCAAGCUUAGGAAACGCGAGGAAACCGCGACCGCCGUAGCAGCCGCGGCCACGGCAGCGGCCACAGCCGUCGCCACCGCCAACACUGCGAUCAACAACAACAACAACAACAAUGUGGACUGUCAGCUGCCCCAUGCCCAGCCCGUCGACGUCGCCGUUGUCACAAACGUAUCCGGUGACGUGGGCGAUGCGCCCGUACCUUUACCGUUCCUCUGGCAGUAUUCAGCCAAAAACGCUGCAGCCAAAAACACCAAUGGGUAUAACUCACCGUACAGGCUGUACAGCUCCGAUCAGGACACAUUGGUGUGCAGUGUACCCAUCGAAGAAACCGCAGAGCACCGCAAGGGACUACGGAAAAACUUGCGAGGCAAGUGGCGAAGACUGGUGCACAAAAAGCAACAGCAACAAGACGCAUACAAAAUACCCGCAGAACUACGGGACCAGCUCAAACAGAUAUAUGUGUACUGA